CUCGCUCUCACGUACUAAAGCGACGGGGAAAAGAGAGGCAGCAUUAUACUUCGACUAGUUUAGGUAGUCUCAUGAACACGCGCCACCGCCAUUUUGUGUUCAGUGUAACGUUCCUACGAACUCGAAAGGACGCGUAACGCGUUACAACAUGGAAAACACGAAGUCAGAUGAAUGGACAGAAGAGAAAUGUAUACAACUGAUACGAGAGUUCCGUGCGAGACCGGUACUCUGGGAUCCGAAAGAUGCGUUCUUUUUCAAAAAAACUUUAAAACCCGUAGCUUGGAGGGAAAUCGGCACAAUCAUCAAUUGCGAUCCGGACGCGUGCAAACACAAAAUGGUCGUGCUAAUGUCAUCGUUCAGAAGAGAAAAGGCGAAAAUUAUGCACGGUUUAGCGGAUAGAAAUGCAGAUGGAUCGGGGAACAGCUACAAGAGCACGUGGUUCGCGUUCAAAGAAAUGGCGUUUUUGAUGGACAAAGAUAACGAGAGGAAGAGACAACUAUUGGGAGAGGAAAAUGUCGAAGAUGAUGACGAACCGAGCAUCAAAAAAGUAGUCAUGCAGCACUACAUAGAGCCACCGAUAAAGAAAGACGCGCGGCAUUGUAAGGCACCUCUAGUGGUUAAGCACCUGACGAAGAAGGUGAUGGAGGCUGCCAGGGAGGAGGCAUCGACAACGCCACCACCACAGUCCAACAGUCCCUUCCUGUGCCAAACACCCCUAUCGUCGGCCGGCACGACGCCUGCGCUGCGACAAACGCUAUCAGAUAGAGACGAGGAAAUCAAGUCGUUUGCGACAUUCAUAGGUAACAAGAUGAAAAGAUAUUCGGACGAGACGAAGAACGCCGUGCAGCAGGCGAUAUGCGAGAUCAUAUUCAAAGCGGACCAGCAAGUGUUCGAAAGCAGCAACUACGAAAAAUACACUCUCAUUGACGCAUCUGACCCGCUGGACAAGCACUUCGAGACGCCGGAAGUCAAAACGCAGAUAUUAUAUUCGGACAGUGAGUAGCAUUUGUGGAUUGCUUUCGAUCUAAUUCCUGAUCAUAUCACAAAACUUUCUGAGCUGCAUCAUUUGUUUAAAGUAUGUUGAUCGAACUUGGAAAGGAGAAUGAUACGAAUUAUUUUUUGGCAUCGGUUUUUAAGGAACUUGCAUAUACUAGAGUUUACUAGUGGUUGUCACUAGCAGCGCCAAAUUUAGCAUCUGGUGAUAUUGAAAUGUUCUUAAUUAAUGCCAAUCGGUAUUGUUUCUUGAAGUUGUCACGUCUCACGUUUUCAAGUAGUGUUUUAACGAUUGUCGCGCAUUGCAGUCGUUAGUUUUGGCAUUCGCCAUCGUGAUAAUUAAGUUAGGUAUAUUAUAAGAGUCUAAAAUGCGACAGCAAAGCUGACCUUUGUGGCAUUUCUAGAUAUAAGAGUUAUUACUUGUAACACAAGACUGUAAAUUAAACUUAAGAUUUAGGCUUAAGGCGUCUCGACUAAUAAAUUUGCUAUUUUAAAUACAAAUAAAGUAUUUUGUAUACCUUUAUAAAAUCCGAAGACAAAACAGGUAAUAAAUGUUUCUUGAAAGAAUAUUUUUUGGAAGUAACAUUUAUAUUAACAUACUGAAGAUUUAUGAAAUAUGAAUUAUUUCAAUUACUUAAUUAUUUGGCUUUUUCUGCUCACUGUCAACUCGGAGUCUAGAAUUUGUGCCCGAUAUGGCGAACAUAGGCCAAAAGUCGGUGCCCUUAUUGCAUAUCUUCCUACCUCUUUAGGGAUAAAGUAUAUGUAUGUAUGUAAUAUUUGUUUGGGAAAAUUUGUAACAAGUACAUACCAUUUUCGAUAAACAUUUUUACAUAACUCAAAUAACUUACGGUUAAUUUUUCUACUUUAUGCACUGGGAUAUACCUCCUAUUAAUCAUUAAAUACCUGCUAAACGUGAAGGCGAGCGACACAAACAUCUCACCACUCGACCCCGCGCUUCUCUGACAAGUAAGUACACAAAACCAACAUCGUGUACUGAGCUUUCCUUAUGGUAAUCAAUUAGGGCGGCAGACAGGUCGAUGCGGCCAAGGAUAUCGGCAACAAAGGCGCGGAACACUUACGUAAUCACUCCGGUAUCCACCUACGUGCGUCUGGACAACUUCGCUAUUGUUCAGAGCGUUGUCGUCGUGUGCUUUCACGGGAUUGUGUUGUUUUUAUACAACCGAUUGUCGAUUGUGGUAUGGUACUGUCUCG